AUGGUUUUCUAUGCAUAUGUAAAACAUCUCACGAACAACCGGACCUCUCGAUAUGUGAUUACCUUCGCUAAUCGCGCAGUUGCCGAUGAGUGGUGGCGUGCCGUAUCCACUUCUACCACUGGUUUCGCGAACGGCAUUCAGCGUGUUGAUGCCCAAUUUUACACCCAUGAGACACACCUAGCCCACACCCCCGACUCCCUCACCACGGCUGGGGUUGCAACUCAAUUCCUUGGAAAGGUGUUUUUCACCUUGUUGAACGACUUGAAUAUGAAUCAUCGCGGGUUGAACAUCAUCCCGCCGCUUGAUCAUUUCGUUGACCACAUUAGCGGGAACUCGUUUUUCAUUCGCUCUAAAGUCACUCCUUACGACUAUUGGUACCGUCCUCAAUCAUGUAACGCGGUCUAUGUUUCGCGCACCGAACGCACUCGCUUCACUAUUAGUCGCACCGACAGAGGUACUGCAGGAACGGUCAUGAUUGGUUCUGACAAGAUCACCGUCAAGUUGACCACUGUCAAUCUCACUGGUCAAGCAAGUCUUUCACCUGAUCCUCAGUCGGAGUUGACAUUUAGUGCACUUUUGAGCAACUUUGCCGUUGGGUCUACCUUGUUUCAGAGCGAUGAGAUGGUGAAGGAGCUUCUCUACGCGGAGAAUGGGGGGGAGUGGGAACUCGCUUGA